UUCAUCUACAACGUUCUACAAUUACUUUCAUGAUUGUGUAACGAUCUUCAGUUGGUGGAAAGCUAUAGGAAAGACUUGUUAGUUCUCUAAAUAAAGUGACUUAAAACAGAUAAAAAUGCAUUGGGUAAUACUUUUCUUAGUUUCUCUAUAUAUUCAGGCACACAACUGUGUUCCUUUGGGUCAGUGGGAUAUCGCAUUUGAUGAACCUUCCACGCAAGAGCGUUUAAACAAUGCUUCAACUAUAACAGAAUUUGCACAAGAAUUAGGGGUUUCAGAGGAAUUUUUGCAACAACUAAAAGAGAACUGGGAGAAAGCCGUGGAAGACGAGAAACAAAAAGGGAAAGAUCGCCUCCGUCAAGGAGGAGGCAUCGGUGACUUUUUCGGUCUGGGCGGUGGCGGUGGCGGGGGAAAUUUUGGAGGAGGUGGAGAGCAAGGUGGACCAGAAGAUGAUGGAGAUGAGGAUGACGAAGGUGUCACGAUGGCACCAGGACCCGGCCCAGCUGGAAUUUUGACGGGACUCUUCGGUAUUUUUUCCGGAAUCGGAAGUCUAAACCCUAAACGAGUCAUUCAAAGUACAGUCAACUUUUUCCCACCGCAUCAACGCCUCGCUGCUCAAAUGGCGUUGGAUAAUGCCUUCGGACUCCAUAAUGUCACGACUCUUGCACCACUGACGGAUGCCCCAGCGAGAAAUGGAACCGGUCCACCUGCCCUCUCGUCGUCAGCUACCACGAAUAAGACAGAUGUCGUUUUAAGGAUCGCGACUACGGUCGCAACGACGGUUGACAACACAACCCGCAAACGGUUCAACCUCAAGGAAACCUCUCUUUUGGAAGAUUUUGAAGAGGCUUCCGUAAAAUUGAGCCCACCCUCUGACGUAAUUCCCAUCGAUGUGCGAAACAUUGAAACCCGACCAGGCCUUGGCUCGCUCGAAAAAGACUUUGCCGACACUGCCGACACUUUCAAAAUCGUCUCAGUAAACGUCCACGACGGGAAGAAUGGGGCCAGCCAAGAAGCAGAAAAGCAAGUUCUUAUAGUUAAUGCCACCACUAUUUCGGCAGAAGCUACAUCAGAAGCUUCGACCAUAGGGGUUUCUACCACGCCGGAAAUUGUGGAAAUUUCGACAAUUAUUGUUAAAGCAGCAAAAUGAUAAGGUUUAUUGGAUUUGGGAAAUUUAUUCUUAUACUUUCAAUACGUGGUCCUCGUUCUUUGGUAACUUUUUUGGUGCUUCAGCAUAAUUCUGUAAUCGUUUAUACAAGAAAUAAAAUAAACCAAGCUUAAAAUACGACUCUAAAAA